CUCCGCGUUGCAAAUGCUAUCAGCUGUAGAAGGCUCGCAAUCAAUGCAGCAGACGUCUUGCCCGACUCCUCCGUGCGUGCACCCCGCCUGGACGUCAGGAACCGUGGUAUCAUGUACCCCCAGCAUGCAUCCAAACCUUACAUACAUGUGUGCACAUUCUGAGCGCACAUUUUGAUUACAGCAUACGGCGGCUGAGAACAAAAGCUCAUCUUGAGUCACACUCGGUGCUUUUACACAGACGGUGCAUCAUUGGUAUGUGGAAGUGUUCUUACCGUGUAAGUCUCGUGCCUAGUUGCGAUCAUCUAGUCCCUCGAGCAUGCCAGCGGCAGAGAAUCCAACACGCGCUCAGAGUUCGUCGGAAGUCAUAUUGGACUCCAUUGUCGAUCUCUUUGAGCGCUCUCCUAGAUGCUUGACGGCCGUUGAGAAUUACUCGAGCCGCGGCUUGGGCCGUUCUCACAGUCUGACUGACAGCGACUGUAUUCAAUGUUUAUUUGAUGCGAUUCUGAUCGGUCCAGUCAUGAUUGCGAGCUUGGAUAUUCGGAGCUUGCGGGGAAUUUUGCAAGGCGCGAGACGCGACCGGGCUAAUCGCCUUUAUGUACAUGCUUGUGGCGAGCCAUGUUCUUGGCACUUGCACUCAGUCCUGCGGCUCCUGCCCACAUGUCGCGUAUUGUAUCGCCAAUUGACUUUCACGCGACCCCGAAGACUGCCUGCAGCAGAGCCCAACGCACAGCAGGCACCAUCGAAUAUAUCCCAUCGUUCCGGCAGCAGCUCGGCCGGCUGCGUGACGUCCCGUCAUUCGGGACAAGGUGAAGCGGCAGGCCAUCGGAGGGCAGAUCAUUGUGAACGAAUGAGCAUGGACUCCAGCGAGAUGUUCUGAUGGAGUGCAAUCUUGACAUUCGGAACGACGACAUGCGGAGAGUAAGGUACUAUGCCUUAUGCUAGU